AAAAGGCCCUGUAGCUUGGUCUGAGUGGUGGGGCUGAGGGGCUCACCCUCCCUCAUCACUGAGAAGUAGCAGAACCCAUCCUCUCCUUUCUGUCACUAGGGGUUUAAAUACUGGGACGUCCCCACUGCUACCCCAUAAGAAGUGAGGCCAGAGCCGGGGAAAAGCCACAGCUUUCUGUGAAGGACUGAGCUGAGAGGCAGCAAAGAGAAAGGACCAAGCCUCUGGGAGUAUCUGGGGAUUUUGCUCUGAGGUGCAUCCCAGCGCGGCACAUGAGGCAGCUCAAAGAGGCUCUUAUCUCGGCAGCUCGCUCUUGCUGCCUUUGAAGUAUGUGGUAAUGGUCCAGGCGUCUGGCAGAGCAAAUAACCAACCCCAGCUUUUUCCACCUACACACAAACCUUGGGACAGAGGUGCUUUAAGAAGCCAGCACUGACAAAUGCAAAAAACAUGCUCCUCUUCCUGCAGAUACCUCUGUUUCCUUGGCUCUGCUCUGGUUUUUUGAGGUCCUGCCGUGUAUAAAGAGGAACCAGAACAGCCCUUGGCUCAGUCCUUUCUCCAGGCAUCAGAGGCAGUUGAAGAAGCAAGGGGCUCAAUGUGCUGGGCAGACCUGCUUGUCCUUCUCCCUGCAGCCCUGUACCGGCUGGCAGCUUUCCCCUUUGCUGCUCUCUUCCACCACCUCUGUGCUUCAGGGCGCCUCUCUCUGACUGCCUGGUACAUAUUCCUCCUCACUGGAGGAUGUCUCUUUGCUGGCACAGCCAUGGGCAGCUACGCCAUGUUGCUCCUCAUCUCUGCUGCUGGCUCUGUGCUCGUCCUCCUCUCCAUCAGCGCAGCUUGUGCCCACACCUGGGUCUUCGCCCUCCAGAUGUCCUGGCAGACACUCUGCCACCGGGGUCUGAGCAGCCAGGAGCUGGACCCACAGGAUGCCAGGCCAGCCAUCGCCCUCUCUGCCAUCAUGCUGCUCACGCAGAAGGCUACGUCUCUGGCCCCGGACAUCCACGAAGGGGUCGUGAGGCUCCAGCUGGGCCAGGGGCUUUUGCAGUGCGCGCUGCCCCUCUGCACCUGCGUCUGGGCGCGGGCCCUGCUCCUCAGGCUGGCCUACUGUUGGCACUGGGUGCUGGAUGAGGCCCUCCUCGAGGUGGCAGGCUUCAAGCCGGAGGCAGGCCAGGGAGACCUUUCCGUCCACGACCUGUGGACACUGGAGACCACCCACCGCCUGGCCGUCUUCACCCGAACCUGGAACACGAGCACAUCCCACUGGUUGAGGAGACUUGUUUUCCAGCGCUGCCCGGCCCAGCCACUCCUAGCUACCUUUGCCUUCUCUGCCUGGUGGCACAGCCUCCGGCCUGGGCAGGUCUUUGGUUUCCUGUGCUGGGCUGUCAUGGUGGAGGCCGACUACCGCAUCCAUCCCUUCCUCAGUGCCUGGGCCACCUCCCAGGGUGUGAAGCUCCCCUACCGUGGCACAACCUGGGUCUUCACGCAGCUCAUUGUCGCCUACAUCCUGGUGGCUGUGGAGACCGAGAGCUUCUCCAUGCUCUACCUGCUCUGGACUUCCUGCAACAGCAUCCUUCCCCUCUCCUAUGGCUUUGCGCUGCUGCUGCUGCUGCUUGCCAAGAAGCUGAAGCAGAACUGA